AUGUCAUUUGCGGUUUUCAGCUGUUGCAGUAACACGCUAAACAAUUAACGGGUUUAAACUUAUUCCUAAGAAUAAUAAAAAUAAUAACAACAACAACUAAAGAUAAACAAAGUUUUAACAAUUCUUGUCACGUACCUGUAGAUGUUGACAAGCAAUGAAGGGUGAAAUAUCAAAUUUAACCCGGGGAUGUGAAUUCUAAGCUCUGCCAAACCCCAUGUCUCUAAAAUCCAACAAAGUGCGUUUCAUCAAUUCAAAUACUUGAUAUUUGAAUUUAAAUUUUAAAAAUGCCUUGCUUCUGGAACUGUUUGGUGGUAUUUUGUGUGGCAACUUCCCUGACCACCCAUGUUCAAGCCAUGGCAAUUUUAAAUUCUACCACCGAAGGUAUUGAUUCAAUGGGCACAGAAGUAACGACUAAGCCCACCACCUCCGGCAAAGAUAUUAUUUUGGGUUCCUGUAUAUGGGCAAUUGGUCGCACAUGUCCCGACAAAGAUGUGGCAUUUCAUCUUUAUACUCGACAAAAUCCGGAGGAAUCACAAUUAAUUUAUAUCGACAGCAGUUUUCCGAACUCUAAUCUCUCAGAUUCUAAUUUUAAUUCCCGUGAUCCGAGUAAAAUUAUAAUACAUGGCUAUAAUGCCAAUAUGAACCUUCAUGCAUUGGCCAAAAUGAAAAAUGAAUACCUUGCCAAAGGCGAUUACAAUGUUUUCUACGUUGACUGGAGUACCUUGGCAAAGGGUCCAUGCUACGUUAAUGCCGUUUACAAUAUUCAACAUAUCGGAACCUGUGUGGCUCAGUUGGUGGAACGUAUUCGUGACAUGCAAAGUUCGGACAUACAUGUCAUAGGUUUUUCAUUGGGGGCUCAUAUAGCAAAUUAUAUAGCCAAAAAUGUACAAAACUUUACACUACCCAGGAUAACGGGUCUUGAUCCUGCGCUACCUCUAUUUGUUACCUCACCGAAUGAUGAGAAGCUGGAUAAAACGGAUGCUGCCUUUGUCGAUGUUAUUCACACCAAUGCCCUGGUUCAGGGGAAAUUUGAAAGAUGUGGUCAUGCUGAUUUCUACAUGAAUGGGGGUAUCUUUCAACCCAAUUGUUUUCGCGAUAAUCCAUUAAAUCCCUUUCCAUGUUUCCAUCAUCGUGCCUUGGACUAUUAUUUGGAAUCGAUACGCACAGAAAAAGGAUUUUGGGGAUGGCCCUGCAGUUCCUAUUUCGCUUAUGUUCUGGGAGAAUGUCCGCGCACAAAUUAUCUGGCAGAGGUAGGGGAAAAUAUGUCAAACACAACUAAGGGCAUGUUUUUUGUGGAGACAAAUGGCGAUUCGCCAUAUGCCAUGGGCAAAUGGACUGAAUCCAUAAAGCCUAACAAUAACAGCGUAGAUAUGAAUCUUAAUUAUGAAUCGAUAAUUGAAGCUACAGAUGAUAUGGAGACAUCCAGUAGCAGAGUUGAACGUCUGCUGAUUUCAACCAAUCAAUGGGAGAAAUUAAAUUAUCAUUUCAAUGAUCCCUACUCUGGAACCAAAGGGAACCGGGAGUAUAGAUUAGAAUUACAUGGAGUUGAGGGGAAUCAAGAGAGAGCUACUAUCGCAUCAAGCAGCGAUGAUGAUGUUUUAUUCACAACCGAAAAUCCCUUUUCGAAAUCAUUUUGGAAUGAACUAAGCAAGGGUCGAAAAGAUGUAUUAUAAUAAUAUAAUUAAAAUUAAUUUUAAUAUUAUUAAUAUUAUAUAGUUAUUAAGAGUAAAAGGUGUAUUAAUAAUAACAAAUGUUCCGAUUUGUUCGUUUUUACUCGCAAGUGAAACUUGCCGCUAUCGGGAAUGCUCGAAGAGUAUGAUGUUUACACAAGGUUUGCUCUGCUCUCGCAUCGCAUGUUACUCCGGUUUCGGAUUAGAGUAAAUUGAAUGGAAAAUAUUUAUUUUUUAUACCCUACACCACAAUUGUAUUUGUUACCCACAGCCGUAAUAUGCACUCCGUAACAACGAUAUUCAGGGAAAUAUAUCAAAUACAGCUCAGAAAUAUCUUUGCCAAAUUUUAUUGAGAUCGGUUCAGAUUUGAAUAUAGUUUUAUCCGAUUUCAAAUUAAUUUCGCACCAAAUGGGCAAUACAAGUCCGAAUUUAAAAGACACAAAUGCUUCGGCAUAUUUAAUCCUUUGAAUUUUAAAUUAUAAUUAUAAUCAUAGUGUGUAUUAUUGAAUUCUCCCAUAAAAACUUUUAAUUAUUAAGUGGAGCUCAACUAAAUUAGCAAAGUGGUGUAGGGUAUCAUAAAAUCGGCCCCGCCCGACUUUAGGACUUUCUUUACUGGUUUUAUGUUGCUUUCUCUCGAAAACAAGUAAAGAAUACUAAUUUUUAUUCGAGUGGCUUAGAACACUAUAGUAUACUCGAUUUCUUUUUUAGUCACUAAAGUAAUGCCGCUCGAAUUCGAGUAUGUUUCACUCUUUUCUCAAAAUAGAGCUAUGUAGUUACCAUUAAACAUAUAAAGCAUCAAAUUUUAUA